AUGAGUAUUGCCGAGUUGGUAGAUACACUGGAUUCUACCGUGGUUUUACUUGCCACAAUCUUCGAAAUUGAUUUGGAAAAGAGAUGGUGGUACAUUUCGUGCAAAAAUUGUAAGAAGAAAGUCACACCAAAUGGAUCCAAAUAUUUUUAUAAGAGGUGUGAUAGGGAUGUGCCUACUAUACCUCGAUAUAGGAUUGAGGUUACCAUCGUUGAUAGCACAUCAUCUACUUCAUUAGUGCUAUUUGAUGAAAUGGUCAAACAAUUUAUCGGCAAAAGUGCAAGCGAGGUAGUUGGAAAUAUGAAAAAGGAACAACUGAGCAACACGCUUCCCGUUGAGUUUCAGAUGUUGGUUAAUAAAGAAUUUUUAUUUAAAAUACAAAUCAGUGAAAUGAAUGUCAAGAAGAAUUGGUCGCUUUCCACCGUUAAGACGAUGACAAACGAUAAAGAAAAGAUACAAAAAUUUAAGAGUGGAAUGAAGGCACUCGACGAAGAAGAUGAUCAAGAUUUCCACCCAAUUGACGAUGAUGCAAUUCCAGUUAGUAAGUCAUGUGAUAAAAGAUUUGUCGAUGAACUUACUACUUCUAGCUCUUCAAGUGAUGCUGAUGUAAAUACCCAAUCGUCAACUACUGUUGUGUAUUGCAAGAGAAUCAAACUAGAGAAGUAUUCAAAGAUGAAAUCAAGUUCGAAUGAACUAUCAAAUUCUAUUGUUACAGAUCUAAAGGAUAUGCUCGAUCAGUACAAUUUGUACGCGCAGUCUUACAGAAUGGUCAGAGAUAAAAUUCAAAGUCCAGCAUUCCGUUAA